GAAAGACGAGUGGUGAUUGGUGGAUAUAAAAUAGUGUCCGUAAAUUUAAAUCUCGAUCGUCGGAGGUCAGCGGAAUUGUAAAAGGUUUUUAAAUCUGAAUCAACGUUUUAUGAUUAAAAACUAUGGUCGUUUACUGUUUAGGUCCAAAUUUAGUUCAGAGUGAAGACCAACAGUAACAGAGGCAAUAUUUAUCUAGGCCUACUCCAGGUACAGUCGCAAAAUGGAUCAAAAUACAUUGUACUAUCAAAAACCAAAAAAUAAUGUCCUCGGUGACAUAAGUAAUAUUGCAGCGUCUGCCAGAGAUGUAAGUGGUGGAAACAGUUCAAGGUUGAAGGAAGCACGACUGAGUUUUUCACGAUUGACUGGUUCAAAUAUAGAUCCACUUAAGUCAGAUACAGAUGGAGAAACAAAAACCAACGUGCCAAUCUUAAACAGUUACGAUAGCCUCGAAGAAAAGUCAACACCACUGAAGAAAAGAAAACGAGUCUACAGUGUUGCGAUUCUGCGACAUACAAAACCGAAAAAGGAAAAUAAAAGUAACGAACAUGAACUUGCAAUUAAUUCUGAAAUGCAAAGGGAACCAAAUGACUAUUAUCAUGCACCUUCACCUUCUCUUGACUUUCAACAGCCUAACCAUUUUACAAAAAUGUUGAAUACAGACAUUCCUGCUUCGUCCUUGGGAAAAAUCACAAACGAAGACAAACUUUACUUGGAUAGUACUUCUACAAAAACAUUUCGUAUUGACGAUGGAACUAUACGCAUCCUUGAUAAUGUAAAAGAAGAACCAGUUAGCAGCGCUACUGAAAAUGAAUAUAUAGACAAUGUUUCCUCCGACACCUUUGCAGAAAGAGAUUCAAUUAUGGAUUCAUCUAGAAGCCUUACAAACAUGACUUGGUUACGUCAGCUGGGAGAUUCUGAUACAUUAAACUCAAACCAGCAACAGCCUUUGAUUUCGGGAACACAUUUUCCACAAAUAUUUCAACCAAUGGUUCAACAUCACCAGCGUCCUCCAUACUCUUAUAGCGCCCUCAUCCAGUUCGCUAUAAGCAGCUCAUCCACCGGCAGAAUGACACUUCGCGAAAUAUAUCAGUGGAUAGAGGACAACUUUCCAUUUUUCCGUACAGCAAAACCAGGUUGGAAGAAUUCUAUUCGUCACAACUUGUCAUUACACAAGAUGUUUAUACGGCAGCCGCCUAUGGGUCCUGGCAAGUCAGCUUUUUGGACACUUCAACCAGGCACGGUGGUGCGCCUUCCUUCAAAGCGGAAUUUGAACUUUCAUAAUGAGAAUACCGAGCUAAGCACAUCGGUUGAGCGAACAAGUCAAGUGUAUAAUUUACCAAAUCGACGGUCAGGAAGCACAAAAACCAUUGGUCAUCAAACAAAACGGCCAUUUCUUCUCCCACGGCCAACAAUAAACCCGGCAUUAAUGCAUAUGCCAGUUGUUUGGGAUGCCAACACUGGUACAUACGCGAUGAUGCAGACAAUUCCAAACAACUCCAUACCGAUGGCAUUCGGGACAAAUGCCAUGGUUUAUAAGCCACAACUUAAUCCCUCAGUGGUCAGAAUCGCUCCGAAGAUGAAUUUUAACCAGCAAACAGAUGUCCGUGACAGUAUGUCAAGCAGCCAAAGAUGGCCAUCACAUGGCAUCCUCCAGCCUGGACAAUUAGCAGUUGAUUCUGGAUUUGAAACUGAUAACUCUGGUGGAUUGAAUUUAUUUGACUAUGCUAACGCCUCUGAAACUAAGUCAAACAAUUUAUGUCCUGAUAUACCAGGAUCUUUGUUAGGAAUUAAAGAAGAGGCAGAAGGUACGCUGACAGUCUCGACACCAGUAAAGUCAUCAAGUAUGACGCCCUCAAAGGGAAUAAGUGCAACGUCUACUCCAGGAAAGCUGUUCUCAGAACUCGACUUUCUUUCUCCAAUUCGAGGAGUGACGAACUUAAGGACUCCUAAAACAGGCUUCUCUCCGCUGCAGAAGUAUUUGUUGUCGCCUUCUCGCGACACGGCACAUCACAAGUCACCGAUGCUGGGAUCCUUGAGAGAGUUCGGUCUGCCAGGAUUCACACCGAAGAAGGAUGGUGAUAUGAAUGUUAGUGUGCAUAAUCAGAGCUUUGGGGAGAUCUUUGGCGACAUGAACAUCAGCCUCGACAUGGCAGCAGCCGCCGCAGACAUUAGCUGGUCUGCUUUUAAUGCAUAAAUAUUUUGAGCAUAAAAUGAUGCAACUUGAAAAGUGAUUUUUAGAAUCUUAAUAGAUUGUACUCUAAACUAUUGUGGUAUUAUAAGUCACCUUGAUUUUUAAAAUUAAUGGGCUCCAAAACUGAAUACAGUUUGUAUAUAGAGAAUGUGUUGUACUGUUAUGGAGAAAACUUUCCGUUAUGGAGGAAUAAAAUCUUCUAGUAUUAAAAACAUAUAUUUUAUUCCUCCAUAGUUGUACCUGAAAGUAGUGAAACAUACUGUCAGCAGAAGUACAGUAUUUUUUAUUUAGAUGUUGGUUGUCAACAAGGUCAUGAAAAAAAAUAGGGGAAGAAAAACAAAAAAAAGGCUUUUAAAAAGUUGGGGUUUUUUUUAGCUUUUUCUUAACAAAUAAAA